GAGGGGACACCAUAUAUAGAGCCGGGGAUAGGUGGAGCUGCGGGGAGUGCAGUCUGUCCGUCUGCCCGCGGCUCCAGCGCCUGAGCUCUGUCCCGCCGCCAGCCCGGCCGGCCCAGAAUGAAAAAGGCAGGCAUUGACCUCCCCCAGAGGCAGUUUCCAGCCCUCACAGGUCCUCCGUGGCGCACACAACCCACCUCCCAGCCAUGCGCUCCCUCCUGCUCACCAGCGCCUUCUGCCUCCUGGCCCUGGCCCUGGCCGCCGAGGUGAAGAAGCCCGCGGCCCCAGCAGCCCCUGGCACGGCUGAGAAGCUGAGUCCCAAGGCAACCACACUCGCUGAGCGCAGCGCCGGCCUGGCCUUCAGCCUCUACCAGGCCAUGGCCAAGGACCAGGCGGUGGAGAACAUCCUGCUGUCGCCCGUGGUGGUGGCCUCCUCGCUGGGGCUGGUGUCCCUGGGCGGCAAGGCCACCACCGCGUCGCAGGCCAAGGCGGUGCUGAGCGCGGAGCAGCUCCGAGACGAGGAGGUGCACGCCGGCCUGGGUGAGCUGCUGCGCUCGCUCAGCAACAGCACCGCGCGCAACGUCACCUGGAAGCUGGGCAGCCGCCUGUACGGGCCCAGCUCCGUGAGCUUCGCCGAGGACUUCGUGCGCAGCAGCAAGCUGCACUACAACUGCGAGCACUCCAAGAUCAACUUCCGCGACAAGCGCAGCGCCCUGCAGUCCAUCAAUGAGUGGGCCUCACAGACCACGGACGGCAAGCUGCCCGAAGUCACCAAGGAGGUGGAGCGCACAGAUGGCGCGCUGCUGGUCAAUGCCAUGUUCUUCAAGCCACACUGGGACGAGAGAUUCCACCACAAGAUGGUGGAUAACCGAGGCUUCAUGGUGACCCGUUCCUAUACCGUGGGUGUCACGAUGAUGCACCGGACAGGUCUCUACAACUACUAUGACGACGAGAAGGAGAAGCUGCAAAUUGUGGAGAUGCCCCUGGCCCACAAGCUCUCCAGCCUCAUCAUCCUUAUGCCCCACCACGUGGAGCCCCUUGAGCGCCUUGAAAAGAUGCUGACCAAAGAGCAGCUGAAGGCCUGGAUGGGGAAGAUGCAGAAGAGGGCUGUUGCCAUCUCCCUGCCCAAGGGUGUGGUGGAAGUGACCCAUGACCUUCAGAAACACCUGGCUGGCCUGGGUCUGACCGAGGCCAUCGACAAGAACAAGGCAGACCUGUCACGCAUGUCGGGCAAGAAGGACCUGUACCUGGCCAGUGUGUUCCAUGCCACCGCCUUCGAGUGGGACACGGAGGGCAACCCCUUUGACCAGGACAUCUAUGGGCGUGAGGAGCUGCGCAGCCCCAAGCUCUUCUACGCCGACCACCCCUUCAUCUUCCUGGUUCGAGAUUCCCAGACCGGCUCCCUGUUGUUCAUUGGGCGCCUGGUUCGGCCCAAGGGUGACAAGAUGCGAGACGAGUUGUAAGGCCCUAGGGUGUGGGCAUGGGAGGGCAGGAGGCAACUGGAGGCUCCUGAGACACAUGGGUGCUAUGGGGUGGGGAGAGCUGAGGUACUGACCUUGGAUAUUCCAUGGGGUGGGGGGCAGGGUGGGGAACAGCAGGUUUCCUGUGCGUCAGAGCAGACCUUCCCAGCUGCCAUUCACUCUGCUCGGACAUAGGCUCCCAGAUAAUCAUGAUGCUGAGCCCAGCCCCACGUCCUGUGGGACCUCGGAGUCCUCAAUCAGUGUUCAUAUUUAUAGUCAGUGCUUUCUCAUCUGUGAGGCGGAGCUAGGGCUUCGGCUGAGCUCUCCUGGAAUGGGGACCCUCCUUUCCUAAUACCACCACCACCUCAGCUCCCUCCCCAGCUCCAUCCCCAAUCUCCUCCCAUCCCCCCUCAA